AUAUAAAGCAAAUCAAGCGUUUCUAACAUUAGUGAAAGCAUCGAUUGUUUUGUUUUUAUGCGAUUGGAACCACGAAAUUUCUCCCGACUCUCCCUUGUUUGCUCCAAUAAUCUAAUAAUAAUUUUUCGAAAAUCCGUGAACUUUCAAUAAAAUCAAUAGCGAAUUGGGUUAAAAUAACACAUGUAGGGUAUCGGCGCGUAUAUAAAACCAAUUUAUUCAAUUAAAACUAAUUAGAUUACAUGCUUGGCUUCGAGCCAUUUGUCAGUUGCGAAGAUACACUCAGGUGCAAAGGGUGAGAGAGUGCGAAAUGGCGCCAAAGAACGACCCGGAACUCAUCGCCUUACGCAAAGAGCUCGAUGAGCUUUACAACACUCUCAAGGAAGAGCAGAAAAAGCAAGCGGAUACCACCCUCGAGGACGCUUGCAGUGGAGUCGCGAACGCGCCAAGAGUCAAACUCAUCACCAGGAAGUUGAUGAAAGGGCACUUGAAUAAAGUCAACUCGGUGCAUUAUAGUGGAGAUAACAGGCACUGCGUCACGGGCUCGCUUGAUGGGAAAUUGAUCAUUUGGGACACAUAUACGGGGAAUAAGAUGCAGAUUAUUCCCUUAAGGUCCGCUUGGGUGAUGAGUGUCGCGUAUGCACCAUCGGGGAAUUUUGUUGCUUGUGGUGGCAUGGACAACAUGUGCACCAUCUACGACCUGAACAACCGUGACUCUUCCGGCGUGGCCAAAAUGGUUCGUGAACUGGCCGGCUACGACGGCUUCCUCAGCUCUUGCCGCUUCCUGGGCGACCGCAACAUCAUCACAGGCUCCGGCGACAUGAAAAUUUGCAAAUGGGAUUUGGAAACCGGUCGCAAAACCUCCGAUUUCAUCGCCCACAACGGCGAUGUGGUCUCCAUCAGUCUUUCCCCGGAUGGCAACAGUUUCGUAACGGGAAGUGUCGACAAGACUUGCCGUUUGUGGGACAUGAGAGAGGAGAAACCGAGACAAACCUUCUUCGGACACGAAUCCGACGUCAAUUCAUUUCAUCCAAGCGGAUACGCUUUCGCUACCGGAUCUGAAGACAAAUCUGCGAGAAUGUUCGAUAUAAGAAGUGAUCAACAGUUGGCGCAUUAUAAACCACCGACGGCCAAUAGUGGAUUCACUUCUUGUGGAUUGUCGGUCAGCGGGAGGAUUUUGUUUUGUGGGUCAGAUGAUAAUAAUGUCCACAUGUGGGACACACUCAAGAACCAGCAUAAUGGGACUUUAUCGGGACAUGAAAAUAGGGUCACGUCGCUUUCGGUUGCCCCAAAUGGAAUUGCGGUGGUCACUUCCAGUUGGGAUCAGCAUGUGAGGGUUUGGGGUUGAAACGAAAUGCCAUCAAUGUGAUUCAAUAAAAAACUCUUCUACCAAAAGCUUUUUAUUUGUAUAAAACCACUCAAAUUGUAAAAAAUACGACAAAUAAAAAUUUUGACUAUAAAUUUACUAAA